UUGACUGGACUUCAAAGCCUGGAAACCUUCAGCCCCUGAAACAGGGAUCUGCCUGUUUAUUACAGCAAAGAUACCCCAUCAUCACGUAGGAAGCUGAGAAAUCCUCAGUGACCGCCUAGGACUACGCUUUCUUCCUGGCAACUGAUGCUGGAGAAAGGAUUUACGGAGCACCCGGAAAGACCCUGGCUCCUUGCAGGGCGGCGCAGCCCCAAGGCUGUCCUUUGGACGUGUGUGACUUCUCCAUGAAGGUGCGGGCACUACGAGGGCCACGGGACACAGCAACACGGCUUGAACCCGGUUUGUAUUCACCUUUUAUGCCUGGUCUUUCAAGACCCUUGUUCUUACUUGUCUUAGCGAGUUUGUUCAGUUCCAGCUACUGAAAACCAGGUGCUCCAUAGGGUGUAUGUGCGGGCAAGCGUCCUCGGCGCGGGCCUGCGAGCGGGACAGCCGGCGGGGGGCGCUCCCCGCGGAUCCACCACGCACCCCGCGGCCGCGGCUGGAACCGCCACAACAGCAGCCGCCAGCGCCCGAGGUUGUCCCCUCUCCCGGGGGCGGGGGCGGCCCUCCGCCGGGGCAGGCCGGCAGCCGAGGCCCAUCGGUAGCAGCCGCGACAACCGGGCCUCGGAGCCGGUCCUCCCCCCGCCGUGCCGCCUGACGACAGCGGAAGCCGGGCGGCGGGGCAGGGCCGGGGCUGAGGGGAGGGCGUCGCGGCCGGCGGCCGGGCAGAGGCGGUGCCGGUACCGCUCCGCCCGCCGCGGGGGCGCCCGGCGCGCUGCUCUGCCCCUGCCCAGCCCAGCCCUGCCCUGCCCGCUGCCGCAUGAGGGAGACGGCGAGGGAGCCAGGCCGCGCCGCGCCGCCGGCAUGUCCGCACCGUGCUGCGCCGGCCAGUUGGCCUGCUGCUGUGGUACUGCUGCUUGUUUCUUGUGCUGCAAAUGCUGCCCCAAGAUAAAACAGUCAACCAGCACCCGCUUCAUGUAUGCGCUUUACUUCAUCCUGGUGACUAUCAUCUGUUGUAUCAUGAUGUCAACAACAGUAGCUAACGAAAUGAAAACGCACAUUCCCUUCUACAAGGAGAUGUGCAAGGGUAUUCAGGCGGGUGAGAUGUGCGAGAAGUUGGUGGGAUACUCUGCAGUGUACAAAGUCUGUUUUGGAAUGGCCUGUUUCUUCUUUUUGUUCUUCUUGUUCACUAUCAAAAUUAACAGCAGCAAAAGCUGCCGAGCUUACAUUCAUAAUGGAUUCUGGCUCAUUAAACUCAUACUUCUGGCAGCAAUGUGCUCAGGAGCCUUCUUCAUUCCUGAUCAGGACACUUUCCUCAAUGCCUGGCGCUACGUAGGAGCAACAGGAGGUUUCCUUUUCAUUGCCAUUCAGCUCAUCCUGCUUGUUGAGUUCGCACACAAAUGGAAUAAAAAUUGGACUGCAGGUGCAAACCACAAGCAGAUGUGGAAUGGUUUGCUCGCCCUGGUGACUCUCAUCUUGUACUCCGUUGCUGUGGCAGCCCUGGUCCUCAUGGCUCUUUUCUACACACGCUCAGAAGGCUGCAUGUACAACAAGGUCCUGAUCGGUGUUAACGGCGGCCUGUGUCUCUUUGUGUCGCUGGUGGCCAUAUCGCCCUGUGUCCAGAAUCGCCAGCCCCAUUCUGGUUUGCUGCAGUCAGGAGUUAUCAGUUGCUACGUUAUGUACCUCACUUUCUCAGCCCUAUCCAGCAAGCCACCAGAAACUAUCCUGGAUGAAAACAAUCAGAACAUCACAAUCUGUGUCCCUGAAUUUAGCCAAGGCCUGCACAGAGAUGAAAACCUGGUUACUGGCCUGGGUACAACCAUUUUGUUUGGCUGCAUUUUAUAUUCUUGUUUGACCUCAACAACACGUGCAAGCUCAGAGGCACUGAAGGGAAUAUAUGCAACACCUGAAACUGAAGUAGCUCGCUGCUGCUUUUGCUGCGUGCCCGAAGGAGACGCUGAUGCUGAAGAACGCAUUGAAAAAAGGGGAGGCCAGACAGUGAUUUACGAUGAGAAGAAAGGCACGGUGUACAGUUAUGCCUUCUUCCACUUCGUUUUCUUCUUGGCUUCGCUUUACGUGAUGAUGACAGUAACUCAUUGGUUCCAUUAUGAAAGCGCUCAGAUUGAAAAAUUCUUCACCGGAACCUGGUCCAUCUUCUGGAUUAAGAUGGUCUCCUGUUGGGUUUGUGUCUGUCUGUACUUAUGGACUCUUAUUGCUCCACUCUGUUGCCCAACCAGAGAGUUCUCAGUGUGAACACUCAGAAGCUCCUUCUGCCUUUUUCUUUUUUUUUUUUUUUUUUUUUCUGUUACAAAUAAUACAACAGUCAUUUUGUAAUGAGGAAACACCUGUUGCCCACUUAUCAUAGUGUACCAGUUAGUAACUUUUUAGUCAGACUAAACAAAUGAUCAAAGACUUUUUUACCUUUUUUAGUUGUUAUGAACAAGCAUCACCCAAGGGAACAAAUCUGUUCCGAAACUUUGUAACGCUGAUGUGUGGAGUGCAGGUAACACAGUUGUUGCAUGAACUGGAAUAAGUGAAAUCCUUUUCAAAUAACUGACAAUCCUUCUUUGGCUUCAUUGGCAAGAAAAGAAAAAAUCAUGGUGCAGAUGUGUCUUCUUCCUUCCUGUGAAUGUUGGAUAUCUUCUAGCAAAUAUGCAUUCCUUUUUAUAGUCUUUUAUUAACUGUGUCUUUUACAGUUUGCAGUGAUGAUUUGGACUGCUGUUUUGUACAGCAUAAUUCUUUUAAAUAGUAUCCAGAUAAUUUUUUUCCGAAAACAUAACUAAAUAUUUCUGUAGAAAUAGAGAAUAUGUAAGAAUUUGACUGCCAAAGCAUCUACUAAAAAUUGUUUAUCUAAAUAUUAAAUAUAUUAAGUUAUUUUAUACCUAGAUUGAGAAAGGAAUGUACCAAUGAUAAUAGAGUAUUUAUUCUAUUAUAACUUUAAAAGGCACCUGAAUAUUUUAUGCAAUUCAGAUCUGGUCCAGUUGUUAACAGAAGGGGAGUUCUACACAAAAAUUCUUAAACUCUGAAUUUUGUCCAACAUUGCUUUGCCAGCUCACUUAAACUGCAAGUUGUGUGUACUGCACAGGGAUUUAAGAUACGGUACAUUCUUUGUUCAGAAUGUUUGCUGUUGAGAAAAUGAAAAUGCUAUAUUACAGGAGCGCUGCCAGUUGCUGUUAAAUUUAAAAGUGGAGUGCUCAUUUACUUUUCUGCCUUGCUGUUUGAACUUGCGUCUAAAGAACUCCCAGGAUUUUCAGUUCUGUUUCCAUUACUAAUUUUAUAAUAUUUUAAAUGCAGUGAUGGUCAGAAAAGGACUAUAUAUAGUACGUCAUCUUUCUUUUCUGCCUGUGUGUUGGUUGGAAAGUAUUCUUUCUAACUGCUAUAUUUUUAUACUCCUCUGUUGAUGUUUUGCUGUUGGGAUGGGAGUUAGCCAACCAAUCCAUUAAUGGAGACUAAACUUCUUUUGGAGAGCUCCUAUUCCAAGCAGUGGGGUUAGCAGUCAGAAAAACAAAACCAGAAGACAUAAAUGUAACAGCAGCUGCCUUAGUACAAAUGACUGACUUGACAAUAUUAAAUGGUACCAUGUCACUUUUAUUUGCUUUAAGCAGAUGAUUUGGUGGUAGAACAACAGCUCAGAUGCCCUAAGUGCUGAAUAAGGUUGAACCCACUAUAGUUAUCUACAUUCCAGUGGGAUGAAUUUGAAUUUGGUAGUCCCAGAGGUUUUGUCUUCUCUGUCUUUCUAUAUAUGUACACAUAUGAUGUGAAAUAUGCAGGAUAUUAACAAAUCAGCCAAUUUAGCAGUGCUUUUUUGAAACAGGAUUGAGCCUUAAGUCUUCACCCAAUGCUUUCUGCAAAACAAAGAAAAGCACAACAUAGAGGCCAGUGAGAUGGCCAAGGUAUCUGCAUGCCGUAUUUGUUCUGUUGCAAUAAUCAACGAAUAACGCAUACCUGGUGAGUAAUUCUAAAAUAACAGAUCUCUGUUCUGCUCUUGUUUUCAUUACCAUUUUUAGCUUGUUGCUAUGUUAUCCUAGGGCUUCUGUCCUACUUGGAGCUUGCUAGGGGUGUGAUCUUCCCAGCCCCAUACACUGUUACCUCAAACGAAAUCUACAGGUCUGCAGUCCUGUAUACUUAUGCCCCCUACCCCAGUGUUAAGGAGCUUCAAAAUACAUCUGUCAUGAGAUCUGAGGGAAGGAGGAUUCUGUCCAGAGGUGACUCUCUUGCUGUUCUUCUGCUUGUUUGCGUCUAGGGAAAAAAAAGGCAAUUGAAGCUUAGCUUUGACAUUGAGUUAGAAAAGCAACAAAUCGCUCUGGAGGAGGCGGCAGGUUUUUUUCUUUCCUUUUGCUUCUGCUGGGAGGUUCUGAUCUUGCCAAGAGCUCUGCUAGGAUGGGGGCCUGUCAGUAUGUCUCUGCCUGCAUUUGGAGUCCAGCCAUGCAGAUCCUUCUGCAGCAGAGAAAGGCCUUUGUUAAUGCAUUCGCAAUCUAGAAGCCUUUAUCUGUCCCAUCUCUAAGAUAAGAGCUUAUGGGCUGUGCAAUGAUGACUAACAGUUGUCCCACCUAACUCAUUGCAGCUAUUCUGACAAACAAUCUCAAUCCAGUGUUAGAGCUGUGAGCUGCAGUUGAGAUAGUCCAGGCUCUUGCUCCUCCUUGGCGAACGCUGCUCCCUAAAGUAUAGAGGCUCGCAGGAGUUGCUUUCUAGUGCUGUAUGUACUAUGUAGUAUGUACUGUGAGAAACCAACCAUGUUUUUUUAAAAAAUUGUAGUGUUUUUGAUAACAGAACUAUCUGGGCAAGGAGCUCUACAGAAGGCAUGCACUAUGUCAAGUUAUAAGGCAGGGAAUGGUAACCGUUCUCUGGUUCUGAUAGCAGGCACCCCAAUCACAAAUGUGGAUGAUCAUAGAAUACCAGGUCAGAAGGAACCUCAAGGAUCAUCUGGUCCAACCUUUCUUGGCAAAAGCACAGUCUAGACAAGAUGGCCCAGCACCCUGUCCAGCUGAACCUUAACAGUGUCCAAUGUUGGGGAAUCCACCACUUCCCUGGGGAGAUUAUUCCAAUGGCUGAUUGUUCUCAUCAUGGAAAAUUUUCCUGUUGUGUCCAAUAAGAGUCUCCCCAGAAGUAACUUGUACCCAUUACCCCUCGUCUUUUCCAUGGGAUUCCUUGUAAAAAGGGAGUCUCCAUUGUCUAUGUAGCCACCCUUUAAAGACUGGGACAUGGUGAUAAGGCCUCCCCUAAGCCUUCUUUUCUCAAGGCUGAAUAAAGCCAGUUCUCUCAGCCUUUCCUCAUACAGCAGCCUACCAGUCUUUUGAGCAUCUUUGUGGCCCUUCUCUGGGCCCUCUCCAGCCUGUCUGCGUCUUUUUUGCAUAGCAGGGAUCAAAACUGAACACAGUAUUCCAGGUGUGGCCUGACAAGCACUGAGUAGAGUGGGAUAACGACUUCUUUAUCUCUGCUGGUGAUGCCCUUGUUGAUGCAACCCAGCAUCCUGUUGGCUUUCUUUGCCACAGCAGCACACUGUUCACUCAUAGUGAGCUUGUUGUCCACCAGGACCCCCAGGUCCCUCUCCAAAGAGCUGUUCCCCAUCUGGGUGGAUCCCAGCCUGUGCUGCACUCCUGGAUUAUGUUUGUCCCAGGUGCAAGACCAUACACUUGUCCUUGUUGAACUUCACAAGGUUCGCCCACUCUUCCAGCCUAUCCAGGUCUUCCUGCAGGGUGGCUCUUCCUUCCGACAUGUCCACUUCCCCACUCAGUUUGAUGUCAUCAGUAAAAUUCAUCAAGGUACGCUUGAUCCCAUUAUCCAGAUCACUUAUGAAGAUACUAAACAGCGCUGGGCCCCAAUAUCGAUCCCUGGGGGACCAUACUUGUGACAGUUUGACAGUUUGAAAAGGAGGUAUUUACCACCGCCCCUGGGUGCAACCUGUCAGCCUGUUCCCACCCAUGGCACAGACCACUUGUCUAGACCGUAAUGCAUCAGUUUCUCUAGGAGGAGGCUGUGGGGAACCGUGUCGAAAGCCUUGGAGAAAUCCAGGUAGAAAAUGUCCCCUGCUCACCCCUCAUCAACCGAGCAGGUUACUUUGUCAUAGAAGGCAACCACAUUUGUCAAGCACGAUUUGCUCUUGGUGAAUCCAUGCUGGCUUUUCCCAAUCACGUGCUUCACUUGACUUGUGAUAGCCCCCCGGAGGAUUUGUUCCAUAAUUUUCCCAGGGACUAAAGUACAACCGAUGAACCUAUAGUUUCCUGGACCCUUCUUUAAGCCCUUCUUGUAGAUGGGCUACAUUAGCCUUCUUCCAGUCUUCUGGGACGUCCCCUGAUGUCCACGACUUCUCAAACAUUGUGGAGAGCACCCUCACAAUCAUAGAAUCAUAGAAUUAUACAAUCAUAGAAUGUGUUGGGUUGGAAGGGACCUUUAAAGGUCAUCUAGUCCAACCCCCCUGCAGUAAGCAGGGACAUCUUCAACUAGAUCAGGUUGCUCAGAGCCUCAUCAAGCCUGGCCUUGAAUGUCUCCAGGGAUGGGGCCUCCACCACCUCUCUGGGCAACCUGUUCCAGUGCCUCACCACCCUCAUUGUAAAGAACUUCUUCCUAAUGUCUAAUCUAAACCUACCCUGCUCUAGUUUAAAACCAGUGCCCCUCGUCCUAUCACUACAUGCCCUUGCAAACAGCCCCUCCCCAGCUUUCCUGUAGGCCCCCUUCAGGUACUGGAAGGCCGCUAUAAAUUUUCCCAGGAGCCUUCUCUUCUCCAGGCUGAACAACCUCAACUCUCUCAGCCUGUCCUCAUAGGAGAGGUGCUCCAGCUCUCUAAUCAUCUUCGUGGCCCUCCUCUGGACCCGCUCCAACAGGUACACGUCCUUCUUGUGCUGAGGGCUCCAGAGCUGCAUGCAGUACUCCAGGUGAGGUCUCACCAGAGCAGAGUAGAGGGGGAGAAUCGCCUCUCUCGAUCUGCUGGCCACGGUUCUUUUGAUGCAGCCCAGGAUGCGAUUGGCGUUCUGGGCUGGAAGUGCACAUUGUUGGCUCAUGUCCAGCUUUUCAUCCCCGAGUACGCCCAAGUUCUUUUCCGCAGGGCUACUCUCCAUCACAUCAUCCCCCAGCCUGUAUUGAUAGUGAGGAUUCUCCCAACCCAAGUGUAGCACCUUGCACUUGGCCCUGUUGAACUUCAUAAGUUUGCUUGGGCCCGCCUCUCUAGCUCGUCCAGGUCCCUCUGGAUGACAUCCCAUCCCUCUGGCCUGUCAACUGCACCUCUCAGCUUGGUGUCGUCAGCAAACUUGCUGAGGGCGCACUUGAUCCCAGUGUCUAAAUCAUUGAUGAAGAUAUUGAACAGCACUGUUCCCGGUACGGAUCCCUGAGGGACACCAUUUGUCACCCCUCUCCAACUGGACAUUGAGCCAUUGACCACUACCCUCUGGAUGCAACCAUCCAGCCAGUUCCUUAUCCACCAAACAGUCCACCCAUCAAAUCUGUAUCUCUCCAACUUAGAGAGAAGGGUGUUGUGAUCUGUUAAUGCCCUCAGGUGGAUAGUGUCAGGGCCCCUUGAUUUGCAGGGGUCACUGCAAAUAGUUCACAUACCAGCUCUUCCUUCACUGAUGGUGGGUCUGUGUUUGCAUCAACUUGGAUUGUUGUUCCCAAGGCCUGGGGCCCAACAGUGGUGGUAGAGACGGAGGUGAAGAAACCAAGUUGUUUGCAAUGGCGUGUUACCACUUUGGACCCUGCCCCCCGAGUCCUUUAGUUUAAAGCCCACCUCACCAAGCUGCCCAGCCUGCUGCCAAAGAUUCCCUUGGCUUUUCUAGACAGGUGGAUUCCAUCCCUCCCUAGCAGGUUAUAGUCAUCGAAGAAUGUCCCGUUGUCAUAAAAGACAAAACCCUCACAAUGACACUAGCCACGAAGCCAGAAGUUGAUUUGCAUUAUAUGUCUCUUUCUGGCUGCAUCCUUUUCUCUAACUGAUCUUAGUACUUAUGUUGGCCAAUGGAUGUUCAUAGUUGUUUACAAAAAUACUUAUUUUAUGUAGGCAGUAUCUGCUUGUGUAAGGACUUUCUGCACCUCCUCAUUGUAUUUAUAGAAAUAGGUUUUGCACAGAGAAAACAGGGUUGUAAGGGGAAAGUCCACAAUGAGGCACGAGUCCAUUCUUCUUCCACAGCACUCACCUCACCGAGUUGCUCCUUCCUCCUUCCUUUCCACCAACUAUUGACCUUAAACAUCCAGAUCUGUGCGUGCACAUAGGGUGGGAAUGGGGCAGUGCCUGACUACACUGCUUUGUCUGCUUCUGAGCAAAGGUUGUGGGAAAAUAACUUUGAGGCCCCGUGUGUCCAUGCUGUGUCCCUAGAUGCAGCUAUGGAUCUCUGGGCCUUUCUAAGGAAUCAGUAGCUGGUGGCACCUGGGUGUGCAAAGUCUCUCGUUCCUCAGUGAGGCAUGGCUUCCUGCUGGCCAGGCAAAUGUUACAGCCUUAGCACUCGCUGUAAAAUCUGUACUGUAAACUUCCAUGUGCAACUACUUAGUAAAAUCCUGGGCUAAGGUUUAGGAUUCAAAUGCCCAGUUCAUAGAUUCCAAAUAGUUCAGGCAAAUGAACUUUUGAAACCUUUUUAGAAGUGCCUUCAUACCUCUUGCUGUGAUAGCUGAUAAUUCAGGUGGCACUGGAACUGGAGAACCUGAACUGAGCCUGUGACUGGGUGAUGCUGCCUUGUACGUUACACCGGUGUGUACAAGACACAGCCAGACCCAUGGUGCAUGUGGAAGACCAAAUAAUCUGUGCUUGACAAACCUCUGGCGGUGGGACUGCUUCAGUUAUUACUGCGCAGUGGAAGACGAACUGGGAAAACUCACAAAUAGCCUGAUGCUUUUGUAAAUAAACAACUAGUUGUUGCUUACAUCUACAUUUUAAAUUGUAAAAGGUUAACUUUCUGUCCCCAUAUCUGAAAGUGCAGGUAACUGCCCUGCUUGAGGCGGUGGUUAGCUGUGCGGUGUCUGUCCUGCCUUGUGCCACGAUUGUUCGUUGAAUUUGUUCCCAGACGUAAGUGGAGCGGUGCAGCGUUUCUGGCUCCGAGUAUUUUUGGGCUGUGUGAUGUGAGGAAGCUGCUGUUCUCUGGUCUUCCUGUCUUUGUAACAAGUGCUCUCCUAAGUUUCCUCUAGUUAAACUUGAAUUGGAAUUAAUGCUUAAUGGAUUCUUGGAGGAAGAGACCGUGUUAACAGAAGUUAGUCCUGCUGGGAAAGUGAAACCAUUUUAUUGGCGUUUUCCUACUUUUUCAAAUUUGCUAUCAUAAGAAGGGUUAUUUGGAACCUCCCUGCUGCGCUGCUGUCUGAGACUGGAACAAUUUUUGUUUUUCUUAUGAAGGCAUCCGAGAGCCGCAAUCGUGACUGGUUCUUGUUUGGGGUAAAAUCAGUAGGACGGACUCGGAGAGCAAGUCUCUGAAUCCCAGUAGCUGGACUAACACAUGAGGCCAUAAAACCUUACGAAGAAUGUGUGGAAAGCAGAUGGAUAUGCUUGUUUGCUGUUUACCACCUAGUUCCUCAAAGCGUGCAGGCAGCCCUUGCAGCUGGAUGCCAACGAAGGGACUCCACUGUGAUCGCACAUCAGAGUUAUUACAUGUUUGUGAUACUCUUAGCUUUGUACUUCAAGCAUUUCCAUGAGGUUGAAAAAGCUCGUGCUUGCCCAGCUGAUUUGGUAAAUCCUGGCUGGGUUAGGCUACUUUCGUCUGAAACGGGUAAUUCAGUGUUGCUAACGUAUGCGUAGUCCAGAGAGAGGGCUUAUCCCCUCACAGAAUCAUAAACACUGCAAGUCUAUUUAUUUAUUUAUUUUGUGUUGUAGCACCUUUUUACAAAUCUAGAAGCGCUUUGAGAUUAUAAGCUAUGCACAUAUAACUGCUUCAUCAGCCACCGGUGCAGCCAUUUCUGGGCUAGGACGUUGCUAUUAAUGAAGCAACCGUUGCACUUGCAAAAAAGCUGGUUUUUAACAGUUCUCUGGUGUUGACCAAUGCAUUGGGAAAAUUUGGGAACUCACAAUAGUGCUGCUUGAGCUUUGGCUUGCAGCCUACAGUGUCACGGGCACCUCUGAACAGAUUGGUAACAGUAGAAAUAAUCCACUGACUGCUUUUAAAAUAUGCUGUAAAGAAUUUAUGAUGUAAACUGUUAGGCUUUUCACCUAACUAAAUUGAUGAAUCAAAAUGCCACGAGGCUGUACCCGUGUGGCUAGAUGAGCGAGAUUAUCUGCAGCUAGAAUUUUGCUCUUGUCUUUCCUUCUGGGCUUUAGAAUCAAUGUCUUUUGCUUGCAGGCUGUAUCUCCUCAUUUUAUUUGCCUUUUUCUCCUUGGAUUUGUUUUUUUAAAGGCAUUGUAAACCUGCUUCUACUCCCAUUCUGCUCCCUGUCAAGUGGGAUGUCUUUGGUGCUAGAAACCAGCAAAGACUUCUUUGCCAGGUCUUGCCGAUCCUUACCUUUCUAUAGCAGGACAACCUGCAGCGUCGAAGCAAAGUCAAGGAUCAUAAUUUCUUACGUGGGUCGGUUUUCCUCUGUGAAAACUGCUCCUUUGUUUUCUGAAGUGGCCUACAAGUUCUUGUGGGAGGAAAACACAUAAUCAGCGCUGUGACAUGUUACUUUGUGUUUUCAAUUUUGUAAACAGUAGUUCCAACUGAGUGUUUCACGUGACUGUACAAGGGAAUGCCAGGGGUCAAGCACUCAGAAAGCUUUGGCUUUCUGUGCUCGUAACAGGAUGCGUAGCUUGGGAACUGGUACGUCUCUGCAUUUUCAUCAUCCUGGCGGCAGAAUGCCCGAGUGCCCCAGGAUGGCGAUGCAGACACACUACCCAGGGUUUGAAGUAGAAACUUCGGGAUACUGGCAUGACAGCUGCUUUCUAAUGCCCAAAGAAACUCAGUAGGUUUCAAGUAGCUCUUAAAUCCAGUUUUGUUUUGGUUUUUUUCUCAAACCUGGUUUCAUUCCACAGCUGUUCAAUAAUGAUAUUUUUUACAAGUUGGAAUUUAUUUCAGAUAUAAGCCACGUUGGCUCCCCCCGAUAGCCAGUGUCUGAUAGCUGCCAGUGCCGUAGCGUACAGCCGUUUGCACAAAGUUCUUCAGAGCCACAGUCGUCAGCUUUGAAACUGCUCCAGCAGCUUAAAGCUUCCAGGGCUUUUGCUCGCCAGAGCUGCGGGGUGCAGCACUGCAGCCGCGCUUUUGCCAAAGAAGCCUCGGUGUGAAGCCAAGAAGAAUUUUGGAAACCUAUGGGGAUAUAUGUCUUAUACUGUAGCUCUUUUUUGCCUCGUACUGAUAGAUGUCCAGGUGCUUAGGUGUCGUUGGACACCCAUGCAAACUUAAAGAGAGGAGAAUUAACUUUCAGAGAAAAUUGUUCAACUUGUCAUAUACGAGAUAAGGAAAUACUUACUGGGAACACGUAGGUUCACUGCCAUCUUUCUGUUUACCACCAAUGGGUGGUGUUCAGUCUCGUAUAUGCCAUGUUCGAAAACUGGACGCAAAGU